AUGACUGUGGAUUCGUAUCAUGUGGCUGGUAGAUUAGCUUCUGGAGAACAAAUAAAUUUGGAUGAAGCUGCUCUGGCAAUGCUUUAUCGUAGUCUCCACGAAGCCAGGCAUAAUCUGGGUUCAACUUUAUGUGGUCCCAUUUGGUUGUUGCAUUUUUUGUUGUGUAUUUAUUUUCCAAGUCUGAAACCAGAAGGGAUUUUUCCUGUUGAGAGUGGAGAACCCUUGUGUCUUGGGGUGCAACAGUACAUCAAGCCGAACUUCAAUGGAACGCAAUCUUUCAAAACUGUCUUCGAGUCAAGCCCAAACAUAAGGGUGACGAUGCAGCAACCGAGUCACGAUUGGUGGCAUAAGAGCUUUGGCAAUAUUUGUCAUUCGGAGACAGAAAGUGGUAAAUGGGAUAACAUUGGCAUAUUUGGCUCGACAUUCGUGUGGAGCCUCUUCUUUCAGCAAGGGACAUCUUUUAUGGGAGUUGAUGGUAAUGCAUGGCAGAACAUCUCCCAUUACUCCUUUCAAGUUCUGUUUGAUACGACUCUUGGAUUUACAGCAUGGUGGGGAGAACUUUCAACCACUCUGUAUGGUGCUGGUUAUGAUGCAAUGAAGAACGCAUCCCGUAUCAGGAAAUAUGUGAAACCCAAAACUGUUGCAGUUGAAGCUGACGCUAAUCUUAAAGCUCUGAUGGCUCAUCUGGAACAAACAAAGGCAACCGCAUACAUUAGGGUAGACUCAGCAUCUAUUGUCCCUGACAUCCCCUUAGGCGCUGCUUUGCAACAGAUUGCAGAAAUGUUCCAGUUGCCGGCAGAAUUAGUACACAGCACAAGAUAUGACCAGCUAAAAACCUUGUUGUCUAUGAUCCAAGCGUCUCCAAUUGAUGAGGGCAUGGCAGCGGCGAUUCGACUGAUCUUGGCAGAGGCAACACAGAAGCAGGUAGAAUGUCAAGUCUGUGUACCACACAUAGAGGAAUAUCACGCCGCCUAUGCCUUGCAUGAGAAGAACAAACUGCUGUCAGAGCAACUGGUUGACCAAGCGGCGCAACUAGAAGCUGAGAUUAAGAAGAAAAUGGCAGAAGAAGCAGACUUGGUGGCCAAGCUUGAGAAAGUGCAAGCUAGACGGGUUGAAUUAGAAUCCACCUUGGGUGUUGUUGUGGCAGACAUUCACGUUGCACUUGGUCAGUAUGGGAGAACAACGCCAAAUUCUCCUGCGACCAUGGAUCAUUUGCACCCAGGACAAACAGAAGUGGUUGCACCUGUGGAAGGAGGCAGCACAACAAUAGAAGCCCAACAAGAUGUGCCACUAGAAGAUGAAGAGCCAUUGGAGGUUGAGACGUUGCAGAGUGCUCCUUAUGAAGCUGUACCACCACCAUCUCCUUCUGCUUAG